ACUGAAAAUUAAAUUAAUAAAUUUUAAUUAUUGAUAAACAAAGAUGACUUCACCUUUGAUGGACCCCAAAAUUGCUGCCAUCAUGGCAAAAUUUACAGGGGCAGAGGAAAAACCAAAGGAAGAAAAACCUAAAGAAAAAGAGGAACGGAUUAAACCACCAACAAACCUUGAAGAAUUUAUGAAAGCUGAAAAACUUGAUGAAUGGCCACAAAGACUAACAUCAGAGGGUCCAAUGGAUAUACAAGAUGAAGGACUGUUACUGGGAAGUAAACAAGAUAUAGCAGAAUUACUGAGAGAUGCAGCUCCUUUGGGAUUACAUUUGCUGGAAGAAAUGCAGGAACGUUUAGAUAACCUUGAACAAACACUGAACUACUAUGCUUCUGAAAUAGUGUCUGAGGGGAAACGGACAUCCAGAUUACAGGAUAGGCUCUUUUACUCUCCCUCCAGAACAUUUAUGACAGAAGUGUCAGAGUCAGAUGCUGUGAAAUCUCACCAUAGUUCAAAGGGUCACAAGAGUUUGGACUUUGUUGACUCCCUGAUGGAAACCAGAAAGAAGAGUUUAGAGUACUGUCAGUUCCCUGGUUUUAGACAUGGUGAAUUGAUAGAGUUACCAGGGCAACUAGAAUCUCCACCCAUAUUGCAUAGAGUGACCAAAGCACAGGAUUUUAAUCCUGGGUUUAAGAAGUUUUGGAAGAAGUUAUUUUUGUCAGAGGCCUCUGUUGCUGUGAUGCAGGACACAUUCUGGUGGUUCUUUCUGAAUAAGUUUGAUGUAAACCAGUAAACAAUAGACAAGAACUUGUUGUAUGACAGAAUUGCUGACAGUUAUGUUGCUUUGUUUACAAGUAUAAAUGAAGAUGUCAAGGAUAAAUUUCUAAUGGCGUAUCCAGAUUGUCUAGCUCAAGCAGUAUUUUCAGCAUACUGGGAGGCCUUCCCAGAGUCAAGGUCAAAAUUUGAUGAUAGUUUACGACAAGACCUUAUCAACACCAUUAGUGAAUGGACUACUGGUGUGAAGCCUGUACCAGGAACUCACAAACAAUGGAAAGUACGAAGAUUACAGUCUAAACCUCCUAAAGGUCUCGAGAAAGAGAACACAAAAACUGCCGAGCAGAUGAUGCAAGCUGCUGCACUUAAUAAAAAAUUGGACUAUUCACUGGAUGUUGAUACAUUUGCGAAGAUGGUAGAUCGUCUAGGAACAGAUCAGGUAUCAUAUGGAGUUACUCCCCCUGGAAUGACCCGUGACCUGACUAGAAUGACCUAUGCCUCAUCACAGGUUCCAACUACAAUAUCUCAAUCAAGACUGGCCACAGCUGGAACAGACCACAAGAAAAGACAUGAGUCACAUCAAAUUGGCCCUGGACCUACGUAUGAACGAGUUAAGUUCAAUACUCAAGGUCGCAGUCCUCUGAUAUCACAUUAUCUUCACCUGCGUAAACUGAAGGAUCUUCAUCAACCAGGGAAGAAAGUGAGACGUACAGAGAUAGUUAAACUACCAUCACCUGGACCAACUUACAAAGAGUUGAUUCAAAAUACACUAGCCAUGACUGAUGCUCUCAGUAAAGAAUAUCAGAAAAUAUGUGAUCAGACAGACCAGGAGAUAUAUGAACUAGAGAAGAAACAGAGAGAUACAAACAGAGAAUUUAACAACCUUACCAAGGAACUUAUGUUCACAAAAAAUCCUGUUGAUCUUAGAAUACUUAGUGAUAAAAUUAUUGGACUGAGGAAACCCAUAGCUCAGGUAUUUAAUUUUUUCCUGUACCUUUUUUUAAUUGUGUGAACCCUUCUUUCAUUUCAGUUUGAACCUUUAUACCCUGUCACAAUGCUAGAUAAUACAAUUUUAAAUUAUGAUUAAUGUUCCAUGCUUUUUUACCUUUUGCUUUAAUAAUCAGUUAUUAUUAAAAACCUAAUAUUUGUAAUAAUUACAUGCAAAAUUAUUCACCCAAUAAUUGUAAUAUUUACAUGCAAAUGUAGAAAAAAAUGUUGAACAUUUAAAUCAAUUUUUGAGGAUGGUAUCUAGUUAGCUUGGGGAAUGUUGUUUGAUAUAUCCUUAUGCUACAUGUUGCCUGGAAUGAUUUAUGCUGGCUCAAUACCAUAAAUAUUAUGUGUUAGCAUUUUAUUUAAACUAAACUUUACAGGACUAAAACCAAGUAAAAAAGAUCAUAUAUUGUUGCACACUAUAUUAAGAGUAGAUGAUGAUGAAUUGCAAA